UAACUGCCACGAGCUGCUGGCCGCCACUCGCUCACUCGCUCGUCGUGUCCGAACGAUCCGAUCUCGCCAGAUUCCGUCCGGAUUCAAACCGAUCGCGUGUCGAUCCCGGCAGAGUUUGUUGGCCAGCCGCCUCCUAAUCCAACUCCCGAUCCGCGUGCUAUUUCUUCCUUCCGCCUCCGUGUUGCAGCGGGACACAUCGGCGGCCAUUAUUUGAUCCGCCUCGCUGCAGCCGCAUCCCAGCCCUGCGGCGUCUGCGGCCUAGAGAACAAAUAAAUGGCCGGCGUCGGGUCGGCGGUGCGGCGGCUCUACCUCGCCGUCUACAACUGGGUCGUCUUCGUCGGAUGGGCGCAGGUGCUCUACUACGCGGUGACGGCGCUGCUGGGCGGCGGCCAUGAGGGCGUCUACGCCGCCGUCGAGCGCCCGCUGCAACUCGCGCAGACCGCCGCCGUCAUGGAGAUUCUUCAUGGGCUUGUAGGGUUGGUAAGGUCUCCUGUCACUGCAACCCUUCCACAAAUAGGAUCAAGGUUGUUUCUUACAUGGGGCAUCUUGUGGAGCUUUCCUGAGACACAAUCUCAUAUUCUUGUAACUUCUUUGGUCAUAAGCUGGUCCAUCACGGAGAUCAUCAGAUAUUCCUUCUUUGGCCUGAAGGAGACGCUUGGGUUUGCACCUUCCUGGCUUUUAUGGCUCAGGUAUAGCACAUUUCUGAUAUUGUAUCCUACCGGUAUCCUUAGCGAGGUCGGUCUGAUCUACAUUGCUCUUCCUUACAUUAAGGUAUCCGAGAAAUACCUUGUUAAGAUGCCUAACAAAUGGAAUUUCUCCUUUGACUACUUUUACACAUGUGCUAUCGCCAUCGGUGUCUAUGUUCCAGGUGGGCCGCACAUGUUCACGUAUAUGCUUGCCCAGAGGAAGAAGGCCCUGUCAAAGGCAAAGACUGCAUGAAGUUGCUGUGAGCCUUGUAGCUGGAGCAUGCAAUGCAAACUCUCCAGUCUCAUGUUGUACGAAUAGCUGGUGUGAGUUGUCAUUGUUAGACAUGAAUUACUCGACAUGUGUUGUAACAAUGAUGAUUGUUGGAUUUCUCAUGGUUGAAUUAAUCAUUGAUCAACCUCUGCAUUGAGCCAAUGAUUAUAACCAUCAGAUAAAAACAACAUUCAUCUUUGGAAGUGCUCAUCCGUUAUGAGCCAAUGGCUAUAUCACAUCUUAACAAGGAGAACUUUGUGAAGCAAA